GUGAAUAAACUGCAUUGAGAAGAUCGAAAAAGGAAGGAUAAAUAUUGGUGUAAAAUAUGUGCAAAUCUUCUAUCUAACGGAUCUGUUUCUCAAAUUGAUACCAUCAGUAGGCCUACUUAGGAAACGGCACGAGACAAGGAAGUAGUGGGAGUUUGUCCAAGACAUUUUAAACCAUUGUGAGCAUUCUUAAAAUCAUUCAAGAUGGUGUUAGCAGAUCUUGGAAGGAAAAUCACGUCAGCUUUGAAAUCAUUGAGUAAUGCAACCAUCAUCGAUGAAGAUGUACUCAACUCCAUGCUCAAUGAAAUCUGCAGGGCUCUUCUGGAAGCCGAUGUCAACAUCAGACUUGUCAAAGCUCUCAAAGAAAAUGUCAAAUCUGUCAUUGACUUUGAUGAAAUGGCAGCUGGUCUCAACAAACGCAAGAUGAUCCAGACUGCAGUCUUCAAGGAGCUAGUCAAGCUUGUGGAUCCUGGAGUGAAGGUGUGGACUCCAACCAAAGCAAAGCCCAACAUCAUCAUGUUUGUGGGACUACAGGGAAGUGGUAAAACAACAACUUGCACAAAGCUUGCUUACUACUAUCAGAAGAAAGGGUGGAAAGUGGCUCUUAUCUGUGCAGAUACAUUCCGAGCAGGUGCCUUUGAUCAGUUAAAACAGAAUGCAACAAAAGCCAGGAUACCAUUCUAUGGCAGCUAUACAGAGGUUGAUCCAGUAAUUAUAGCUGCUGAUGGAGUAGAGAAGUUUAAGAAGGAAAACUUUGAGAUCAUCAUUGUGGAUACUAGCGGAAGGCAUAAGCAAGAAGAUUCACUCUUUGAGGAAAUGUUGCAGGUUGCAAAUGUCACGAGUCCUGAUAACAUCAUCUUCGUAAUGGACGCUUCCAUUGGUCAAGCUUGUGAGAGUCAAGCCAAAGCCUUCAAGGAGAAAGUGGACGUUGCAUCGGUCAUCAUCACAAAGUUAGAUGGACAUGCCAAAGGAGGAGGUGCUCUUAGUGCUGUCGCUGCAACAAAGAGUCCUGUCAUUUUCAUAGGAACUGGAGAACACAUUGAUGAUUUUGAACCUUUUAAGACCAAGCCUUUUAUCAGCAAGCUCUUGGGUAUGGGUGAUAUUGAGGGUCUAAUUGACAAGGUCAGUGAACUCAACCUGGAUGACAAUGAAGAACUCAUCAACAAACUCAAACAUGGUGAAUUCACGCUGCGUGACAUGUAUGAACAGUUCCAGAAUAUCAUGAAGAUGGGACCUUUUGGACAAAUCAUGGGUAUGAUUCCAGGGUUCAGCAGUGAUUUCAUGACGAAGGGCAAUGAGCAAGAGUCCAUGGCAAGACUCAAGAAACUGAUGACCAUGAUGGACAGUAUGAAGGAUGAAGAGCUUGAUAGUAGAGAGGGUGCCAAACUGUUCAUGAGAUGUCCAGGCAGAGUCCAGCGAGUGGCCAGAGGAUCUGGCGUUUCGGUCAGGGAGGUCCAGGAACUCCUUCAACAGUACCAGAAGUUUGCUCAGAUGGUCAAGAAGAUGGGAGGCAUUAAGGGACUCUUCAAAGGUAAGUCAGGUGGUGACAUGUCCAAGAACGUGAACCCAGCACAGAUGGCUAAGAUCAACCAAUCAAUAGCAAGAGCUAUGGACCCCAGAGUACUCCAACAGUUAGGUGGUAUGAAUGGACUCCAGAGCAUGAUGAGACAAUUCCAGCAAGGAGCAGGAGGCGGUAUGGGCGGUGGUAUGGGAGGUCUAGGCAAUAUGAUGGGAGGGGGUAAAUAGCCCUAAGGAUCGGGUGAGGAAGGGCAGAACUUUAGUCAUGAAUACAAAAGAGAGGAAAGGAAACUCAGCAAAACAAGGAUACCAUUACUGCAACAGGUACUAUGAGAGAAGGAAAUCAGAAAGGUGUUACAAAACAAGUGCUGCAUGAACUGUAGCCGCACAAGGAAGAAGCAAGGAAAGACACUUCUCAAUGAUGUAAUGAAAGAACCACCAUUAUCUUACACAUUAACACUGUGCAAGGACAUUGUGGAGGAGUAAAUAUCUGUAAAAACAAGUUUGCACAACUUCCUUAAAACAUGAUGAGAAAUGUGAACACAUCAAAGGAGGAUGGGUAUGACUAUCAUAUUAAUUGCCUUGUGUCUCUGUCCUGGCCAUGUGAUAGAUAAACAAAAUGGAAUCUUGUUUUAUUCAAUGAGAUAACACACAUGCCUGCUGGAGUCAAGCAGAUAUCACUAUGGUAAUUGAGUUCAUAGUUAAUAACCCUUGAGAGAACAUCUGAAUUCAAUCUUCCAUCACGCAAAUAAAAGAGGUUUAGAGAUAACGGCAAGCAAUUCCUAGCUGGUAUGGAAUUAAACUCUCAUAAGAUAGUUCUUCUUUCUUCAGUACAUUUACAGGUGUUUGUUCCAUAUAUAUGUAUA